AUGAACUCAACAAAUCCAGCAAGUGUUUUAGGUUUUGGUGCGUGGGAACAGAUUGUAGACAAAUUCCUCUAUUGUGCAAACUCUUCAAAGCAAACGGGAGGUUCGAAGAAAAUUAAAGAAGCAAACUUACCCCCGCACACUCAUACAGGAACUACAAACUUUUCUGGCGACCAUAGUCACUCAUUAAGAGACCAUCCAUUAUACAACUCAGAAUAUUAUGCUGGCAAUGACGUUUUAUCUCCAGAUUAUAACCAUUCGGCAAAAAAGACUUUUCGACCAACUGAACCAGGAGGAAAUCAUGUCCAUACUUUCACAACAAAUCCAACAGGCUUGGGUAAAGAUUAUAUGCCUCCAUUUAUGACUGUAUUCGCAUGGUACCGCAUUUAUUGA